CAACCAGCAGCAGCAGAGAGUUACUGUGACAACAACAGAGUCAGUCUCCAUUAGCCUGUCCUCCUGAACAAGGGACUGCUUCUUUACUCAUUUACUGUCCCACAUGAAACACCAAGAGGCUGUUAUCCACAUCUGUCUGGAGGCUCCAGGGCAAACAGCUAACCUUAACGCUACAGUAGGUUAGCUAGAGGUACUGUCAGCCUGUCGACAGCAGCAGCAGCAGCAGCGGUGACCAGAGCAGAGCAGAGAGCCGUCCGGAGAGGAGGAGGAGAGGAGGAGAGGAGGAGGAGGAGAGGUUACUGGAGCUACACAGACAGACACACGGCUCAUUAGCCAGCCAGCUAACGUCAAGUUGUAAACUAAGUUGUGUCCCAGCAGAAGGAGCGAGGCGAGAGCAGCAUGACUGCAGGACUGAGAGUCCUGUGGUUCUUAGCAACUGUUACCAUGGCUCCAGUCUGCCCUUCCUACAUCUUCCACUGGACACCGUGUGCGUGUUCAAGGGACUGACUUGGCUUCCUGUCAGUGCAUUUCUUCCUGUAAUAGCAGCAGACAGGCACUUCCUGCACACCAAAGCUAGAAGGAAAGAGAUGGAAGAGAUACAAGAGAUGCCGGCCUUUUAUGAGGGGGCUUUAUUCACCAAACUGGUGGAGUCCACCAGACAGAGGUGCUGUGGCUGAUCACUGGCUGUGUUUGCUGAUCCCUGAGGAGCAUGAGUCAUGACCUCAGUGGUCCUGGUCGACACUGGUGGGACGGUGGUGGAGUAUGUCACAGCAGAAGAGGAGGAUGCCGCCCUGCAGGAGGGAGAGUGUGAGGUGGACCUGGAGUGUGAAGGAGAGGUAGAAGGCGAGUGUGAAGCUGAGGAGGCCUAUGAAGAAGUACAGGACAGAGAGGAUGCUGACAACUACCCAGCAGUCAUAGUGGAGGAGGUACCCGGCGCCAGCCUGGCCGAUGAGCAAGGUUACUCAGCCCAGGUGUUCGUGUAUAAUGACGAGGCCUACCUGAUGCAGGAAGUGGGCGAUGAGCAGGAGGUGGAGACAGAAGGGGAGGCAGUGGAGGCUUCUGUCCAUGGCACCAGUAUUCACUGCUCUGACAAGACCAUUGAGGCUGCAGAGGCUCUGCUACGCAUGGAUUCACCUUCCAGUCUCAGAGAAGACCGCAGCCCAGAAGCUUUCAUCCCGCCCUGCAUAGUGACGCCAGACUUCCUUCACGCCGCCAUGCGUCCCGACAUGAUUACGGAGACGGAGGUAGAGAUAUCGACAGAGGAGUGCUGCGAGGAGGAAGACGAGGAGAUGGUCACCCUGCUUGAAGAACCAGAGCCAGGCCACGAGCCUGUCAGGAAGAGGAGAGCUGGACGAAAGCCAAAGACUCACCAGUCGGCUAUUUCCAACGGCUCCCUGGACCUUGGCAUCAAGAAGAAACCAAGAGAAGGGAAAGCAGGAAGCACCACCUACCUGUGGGAGUUCCUGUUGGACCUCCUCCAGAACAAGAACACCUGUCCCAAGUUCAUCAAGUGGACUCAGAGGGAGAAGGGCAUCUUCAAACUGGUCGACUCAAAGGCUGUGUCCAGGCUGUGGGGCAAACACAAGAACAAGCCAGACAUGAACUAUGAGACCAUGGGACGGGCACUCAGAUAUUACUACCAGCGCGGCAUCCUCGCCAAGGUGGAGGGCCAGCGGCUGGUUUACCAGUUCAAAGACAUGCCCAAAAACAUCGUCAUCAUCGACGACGACAAGGCAGAAAUGCCCUCCCCCGACGACCUGAUCGGCUCCGAGACCGUGUCCUUCGAGCGCGUACUGCCUCCGUCAGACAUGCUGCUGCAGGCGACCGAGCUGUCAUCCUCCAAGAAGCCCAACAUCCUGCGGGGCGGGAACAGGGCCCACGUGGUCCACGCUACCGUCGCCACAGGCAGCAAGACGUUGGCAGGAGGCGGCGCAGCAACGAUGGUGACCGGGAUGCCAAGGAUAUUGUCUGUUUCAGGAGCAUCGGAUGGGAGUCAGCAGACUCACACGGCUAUCAUCCCUACCGCCACUGGGCCCAGGACAGUGAGGGUGGCGAUGCAGGUGCCUGUAGUCGUGACAACAUCACUGGGUCAGAAGAUCUCCACUAUGGCCGUGCAGCAGCAGACAGGAACGACGGGGGCAGGCGGCCACACCACCCUUCUCACCAACGCUUCUGCCAUCGGCGCUGCUGGUAACACCAACUCGCAACAGAAGGUUAUGAUCCAGACCAUCCCCACCAUGGUUCCAGCCACAGCAGAGAACGGAGACAAGAUCACUGUCCAGCUCGCCAAGAUCAUCACAAUCCCGGCCCACCAGUUAGCUCAGUGUCACCUCCAGACCUCCAUAGGCUCAAACAAGCACGGCAUCGGGAGCUGCCCAGCGGGCAUCAGCCUCCUCGGGAGCCCCCUGACGGUCCGGGCCCUGGGACCCGUCAACGUCCCCCCGGGAACACAAGUGAUGAGACUCACCAUGCCAACGCAGUCGCAACAACAGACUCUGCUCGUGUCACAGGCGGGUAGCGGAACUGGGGUAGUAACGGUAUCGACGGCAAAUCAGACGAUGGCGGCACACCCUCGGAUCAUAAGCGGCAUCAUUAACGGUUCAGAGCUGUUGAUAGGAGCGUCCGCGACCGGAGGAGUCACGAUGGAGAAGCUGAAGGCCGCAGGAGUCCAGGUCCAAACUUUGCAGAUGCCGGUGGCAGUCCAGCAGAACCAGAUGAAUCCCAAAACUGUCCAGAACGUCCAAUCGGAGGCCGUGGACGCCGAGGUGGUUAUCAAACUGGAAGCGCCCAACGUGACGAUAAAGACUGAAGAGCCCGAGUGUUGAAAUGCAACACAUUUCAGAGGGUUAGUUUGUACAUGUCUGACGUAAUUUUUACUCUUGUAAUAACCAGCAGCAGUCUGUAAGACUUUAAAGACUCCUGAAGGCCUGUUUUUAAGUCCUCAACCCGUCUUCACAUCUUCUCUGUUGCUACCUAGAACUUUACCGAUCCAAGCCGGUCCUCAGAACCACACUGAAACCUCUCUGAGUGUCUGUGUAUGGAGUUCAAACUGCGCUCUACAACACAGGAAUACACACGGACUUUAAAAAGGGACUUGUUGGGAAAGGUAAAGGGACCAACCUUGAUCACUACAAUGUAUGCCUUCUAAAUGGAUCGCCACAACUGACUCAAAUUGGGGGGGAAAGGAAAGACCCUUGAAGUUACAAAAAAAAAAAAAAAAAAGCUGAAACACUACAAAACGAGGCAAAUAAUUACAACUAACCAAAAUGUGAACUUUCAAAUAAAAGAAAUACACAGUGGGGGGUGUAAUGAAGCUUUUGUAGAGACCAUUUGUUUAUAAUUUAGCCUCUUCAGAUGUUAAAACCAGCAACUUAUUCUUUUUCUUUUUUACUUAUAUCACUGUGCAGAUCAAGUGUGGGUGGUGCUACGUGAGUGCUAAGAGAGCGAGAGAAAGUGGAGCUCUGAGAAGCUCUAAGAAGGAACGAUAUCAGACAGAAAAUGGUCAUGUAUGUACAUAUUUAUAUAUAUAAAUAUAUAUACUAUAUACAGUUUACAGAGCUAAAGUUAACAGCCUUAGAUUUUAAUUUUGACUUUCUUUUUCAUGUAUUGUCUGAACAGUAAGCUGAAAUUUUGUUUUUGUGUUUUGAUACCUUGUACCAAGCACAGUAUUAUUGAAACUAGGGGAACUAAUAUUUGUAUUAUUAUUAGUUCCUCUCUCACUAUCAGGCUGUUUAAUGCUCAUAUAGAUUGAAACAGCAACAUGUUGUAGAACAGUGGCCAGAUUGCUUUGCAGUGUGUCCUCCAGCGUCUAGGAAAAUCUCUAGGCUUGAAUUUCAGACUUAUUUGACUAAAUGAUCUUGGCUAUUGUCAAUUCUUUUAAUUUUUUGACCCAAAUGUUUGCUCUUUUCACAACUUUACCCAGUCUGGCUGCACGGAAAUGCAAAGAAAUGCGACUCGGAGCUGAUGCAUGCUGCCAUGUCUCAAAAAAAACAAAAAAAAUCUAAAUAGGAAUGUAUGUAAACUCAGAGAUCUAGAAGCAAUUAUUUUAAUUAUUAAAAAGAGGCAUUGAAAAUCACAAGUUUAUGCAAAAUGGCUGCAAAAAAUAUAAAACCACUGUGGAUCCCAGGUCACUUUACUUAAAACAGAGGGUCAAUUUGCCAGCAUACAUUUUUUUACUGCCUUUUUGGCCCUGCCCCUACAUUUCAUCAUUAUUAUUUUUUAUCUAAAUAGGGAAGAGAGAAAGAUGUUUGUGUUCAGACUGAACUGUUUCUAUAUUCAACAUUUGAAGUAUAUUCUAUUUUGUUGUACUCUUGUUUCAAAGUGUAUUAAAGUAGAUUUUACUGAAAUAUAAAAAAAACAUUUGAAACCUGA